AUGUGCCUUGACGAAGAACACAACAAAUUGACCCCUGCUGGUGGUCAAACCCAGAAUGAAGAGGAUCCUGUGUCCAUGUUUGACAGAGAACUUUUAAGAGAUAUUGAUCUUGGCAAAGGAGAGUGCAAACUGCAUGAAAGUGGUUUAUUUGUGGAUAAUCCUGGUGAUAAUUUGGUGUUGAGGCCAUUAUGUAGCGAUGAUUAUGACAAAGGUUUUUUACAGCUUUUAAGUCUACUAACCAAGGUUGGAGAUGUAUCAAAAGAGAUGUUCUUAAAGCGCUUCUAUGCUAUGACGUCAUGUCCUGGUACAUAUUAUCUUAUUGUUGUUGAGGACACAGAGUUAGCAAAGAUAGUCGCCAGUGGAACAUUGGUUGUAGAACAAAAAUACAUCCAUGAAACUGCUGUGCGUGGCAGAAUAGAAGACAUAGUUGUGGAUGAUAGUUGCAGAGGGAAAAAAAUUGGAAAACUGAUUGUUGAAACGCUGAUUUUACUGGGUGAGAAACUUGGAUGUUACAAGAUCAGUUUGGAAUGUAAAGAUCCAUUGCUGUCCUACUACACGCAGUUUGGCUUCAAGCUUGAAGAAGGACAGAAUUAUCUUUGUAAAAGAUUCUACCACUGAGAACUCAAUGCAUCUUAAAAUCCUCCUUGGGUUUUUCCAGAAAAAUAUCCUCCUCUUCCCUUACACCCUUAUCAGAUGAUGUUUUUCAACCAACCUGAAGUCCACCUGGAUUUCCAGAGUCUUGGACUCUUCAUCCUAUGAGAUUUUCCUGCACACCAUCCGUUAGUGGUAUGUGGACUUUUUUUCUGUAAUUACCCAAUCGUUCAGAAAUAUAAUUAUAUAAUUAGAUCGUACAUAAUUUAUACUUACAUAUGUAGUGUCUUGAAAGUGGUAAAGAUAAUAGCAGUCUUCAAGGUGAUAUAUAGUGGAAUCCCGAUUUCUUGAACCAUCAAAUAUUUUGUUAAUUUCUCAAUUGAACUCAAACCAAAAUUUGUUUACCAUGGAUUUGUUUUUCUGCAAUUCUAACCCUAUCAUUCCAAAAUCCAGUUUUCUCAGAGCAAGUUUCAUUUCCUGAGUGGCUCAAGAAAUUGAGAUUAAUUGCACUGUAUUUUAUGUAAUAUAUUAAAAUAAUAUAUGUUCAUAACUCAUUCAAAAUCAUUCGACAUAGGUAUUAUUGUUAUUUCAAAUCAAUAUUUCAGAGAUAUAUUUUAUUUCAUCUAUUUUCAAGGCUAAAUAUUUUAGCUUGUUUGCUUGUGUGAGUGAUGUAAAGGGGGGAGGGGUGGGGGGAGAUGGGUGGGGUGGAGCUUCUAGAGGUGGGUUUCAUUGAAGCAGAAUUUGUUGCCCCAUCUGAGGCAUGAAUUGGUGGUGAGCAGCAUCCUUGAAUAAUACUGGUUACUACAAAGUUCAGAUAUUAGUCCUCUUAAAAGCAUUGUCUUCGUAACUUUUAAAAAUUUCUUUAUAAUACAUAUUUCAAUGAAUGAAGGAGUGGAUGAAUUUGGGGAGGAAGUAUUUACUUAUCUGAUAAUUGGGGACUGACUCAAAUAUGGAAAACAAUAAACCAAAAAAACUACUUCAGACACUUGAACAAAGAUUUCAGGUAUUUUUUUUACUCAAAUGAGGUGCAAUGAGUUAAAUUUAAUAUACAUGGUUCAUAAGAAAUGUGUCAAUUCUCUCUCAGUUUAUUCCCUAAUGAAAUGUAACAUGAAAAGGGUUUUUAUUAACGUAUUAUUUUAAACUCAAAAUAAAUUCUGUGUUAAAAAUGACUUUCCUAUAUAUUAUGCAUUUUAGUGUGUGUUUUAAACAUUUUAAAAGUACCUUGAUGAAUGAGUGAUAGAAUGUUUCUUCAUUUUAAUUGAUAUUAUUAGUCUCCAAAACAGAUUGAGUGAUACCAGAUACUGGGGACAUAACUUGACGGAAACAUGAAAACAAUGUUUUUUACUUCUUACAGCUGAAACAGUUGAGCUGUGACUACAGAGUGAAGGCUCUUCAUACAAUGUACAAGAUUAAUGAUUCCAGUGUAAAAACGCGGAAUAAUCUUGUUAAUAUGAAGAACCCUUUUUCCAUAGUCAUUAAAAAUGUACGAAAAAAUGUUGUGUUCACAGUUUGACUACCCUUACAGUAAUUUUUGGUUUUCUUGUUGUAAGAAAUUGAAACCAAGUUAGCCUGACUUGUUUGAAAUUUCCUAGCCUGAUGUACAUGUAACUGAGGACACACUUGAGGAGAAUGUAAAAGUUAAUACAUAAAACCUUUUCUUAAACUUUCUCUGGUGUUUGCAUUAGACUUUAGAAACAUGUAAAGUAUUAAUUGUCUAUUUUGGUCUUAAAUAUUGUACAACACUAAGUUAUUGAAUGGACAUAGUAUUGGUGUAAAACAAAUGUUGUAGAAUUUCCUUUCAUUAGGAGCUAAUGUAUUAAAUUAUUUGUCUUAAGUUGA